GUUAUAUUUCAGACUUGGCCGUUUUAUUUAUCGCGAAUACUUGUGUGUGUUUUUCGUUUUAUUUAAGUUUUUAAGUAGAUUUCAGUGUUCCAAAUUCAUAUACUGAGCCUUAUAUCAACGGUGCUUCAGUAUAUCAACACGAAAAUGACGAAGUAUGAGCAUUGUCCAGGGUCGCUUCUAUCACUUGUUCCUGUGGGGUUAGCUAUUCACCUAUUUGCUUGAUGUGCUGAGUUCUCUUUAAUCUCCUCAAGUUAAGAAAUAGUUCCGGUGUGGAAUGUUUUCAAGAAAGAAGAAGAAACCUCAAAUUUCUCCGCCAACCAAUUUUGAGCACCGAGUCCACACUGGUUUUGAUAAGAACGAGGGCAAGUAUGUAGGACUACCAUUACAAUGGGCAAGCAUAGUAGGAAAUAAUCAGAUCCUGAAAAGUACAAAUCGACCUUUGCCUCUUGUUGAUCCUUCAGAAAUUACUCCAACUGAAAUUCUCGACCUAAAAACAAUUGUACGAGGCGAAAAUCUAAAAUUCAGAGAUGUAAUCGAAACAACAACUGGCGGCCUUCCAAAAACAUCACAUGUAGCAAGAUCUAACUCAUUGAGGUCAUCUAGUCCACCAAGAUUGCGACGAAUACACCCUACCAAUGUUCCACCUUCAUUACCAGAAGGAGAGGUGCUUGUCAUGCCUCCUCAACACCAUUUACCUCAGUAUCCAGCUCCAAAUCAGCGGAGAGAUCAACAUCAAUACGGGAAGCCACCUCACAAUCCUGAAUGGAUGGGGCAGAAUCAUACCGAUACAGUAAGGAGAUCACCUCAGCACCCGCCCGGCAACACGCCUGAUAUAAAUGAAUACAGGGGACCUCCUCCAUAUCAUCCUGGUCACUACAUUCCGAAUGGGAAUUCUCAGCCUGGAAAUGCUGGAACGGGUAUUAUUGAUCCUCCUGCUGGAUAUGUUGUCGGCGGUUAUCGUCCGCCUCACUCGCAACAGGUCACACCUCCACAUGCCCCUCACGCUCCAAAUACUGCUCUCACAACAAAUAUCAACAAAUUAGGUAAUAUGGAUGCAAACAAAGUUGCUGACCAAAAUAUGAACAAACAAGCAAUUACCAAUGGAGGAACGCAGCCAAACUCAGCCGGGAAAUCCCACCAUGAUCCCCAGCGCAUCACCAUUACCCAUGAGCAGUAUCGUGCUGCACUUCAGAUGGUAGUAAGUCCAGGAGACCCUCGUGAGAAUUUUGAGCAGUUCAUGAGGAUUGGUGAAGGCUCUACUGGAACUGUUUGCAUUGCCACAGAAAGAUCUACGGGUCGUAAAGUUGCCAUAAAGAAAAUGGAUCUGAAAAAACAACAAAGACGUGAAUUGUUGUUUAAUGAGGUCGUCAUUAUGAGGGAUUAUCAUCAUCCAAAUAUUGUUGAGAUGUAUGACAGUUUCCUAGUCGGCGACGUUCUUUGGGUUGUAAUGGAAUUCCUGGAAGGCGGCGCUCUAACAGACAUCGUCACGUAUGCGCGUAUGGAUGAGGAACAAAUUGCCACCGUUUGCAAACAGUGUCUCAAAGCUCUGGCUUACCUUCAUUCCCAAGGAGUCAUUCAUCGAGAUAUCAAAAGUGACUCAAUAUUGUUAGCAGCUGAUGGUCGAGUAAAAUUAUCAGACUUCGGUUUUUGUGCUCAAGUUUCACAAGAAUUACCCAAAAGAAAGUCAUUGGUCGGAACUCCUUACUGGAUGUCACCAGAAGUAAUAUCCAGACUUCCAUAUGGUCCAGAAGUCGACAUUUGGUCACUGGGUAUAAUGGUGAUUGAAAUGGUUGAUGGUGAGCCACCAUUUUUCAAUGAACCCCCACUUCAAGCAAUGAGAAGGAUUCGUGAUAUGCCACCUCCUAAACUGAAGAAUACUCAUAAGGUCUCCCCAAGACUUCAAGGCUUCCUGGAAAGACUUCUUGUGAGAGAUCCUGCACAACGAGCCACAGCUGCUGAACUUUUACAGCAUCCAUUCCUGCGUCAAGCUGGCCCUCCUGCGCUUCUGGUACCUCUCAUGAGAGGCUCAAGACAUAGCAACUGUUGAUGAAACGAAACAAUUUACAGAAUACUUCCUUCUAAUUUUUAUUUUCUUUUUAACUCUGGACAAUAGACAUUGCUCCAGCAUCACUCAGUAUUAUUUAUUGAUAUCUCCUUUUACGUUGUUGACUUAUUAAUAGGUUUGGAAUUGUUAAUGCUUUUCACUUGUUUCUUUGUGGCCUUCAUCUUCUAAGACAUGAUCAGGGUUUUAACUUGUAAAUAUUGUCAUACAUCCAAGACUUCAAAUGAGGUUAUUACUGUAAGCUAAACCUCAAAUUUUACUAUGCUUACUCAUAUCAUAAUCAUCUUUUUCAUAUGUUUAUCCCAAGAUAUUAUUCUGCCUCCUCUUGGUGAACGAAUUUUCUUGUCACAUCAGUAACUGUUGUGCAUAUCUGUGGCCUUCAAGCUCACUAUGAUUUGUGAAACAAAUCAGUACUCAUAGUGAUGGUCUUUUGACCACCAAACGUAAAGCAAUUUUUCGAUGGAUUUUUUUCCAUUUUAUAAUAUAUGUAAUUUUAUCAUUUUUACACAGAGUUCGGAUUUUUGUGAGCUUACGUAAAUGCAAAGGACAAUUAUCAUGAAGUGAUCAGUAUUUUAAGUUAUCUUUUAUGUGAAUAGUAACAGUUGUCAUUCCAAUAUUGUACAUACUUGUACAUACAAAGGUAGAACAAAUAAUUGUUUUUUUUUUUUUUGUAAAGGAAUCAUUCUGAAUUUUUAUCAUUCGAAGGCUAUUGCCAGAUCAAAUUUCUCCUUUAUCGAUGCAAACUUUAUUUUAUUAUCAAUUCAAAGACAGGAACGCAACGCAGAGCUUCUAACUUUUAAAACUUUGUAAUCAUUGUAAUACUGUUUUUUACUCCUUAAACUCUUCCUUAACUCUUGUCAUACUCUUUCAUUGUAAGUAUCGCUACUUAUGUAAGUGUGCUAAGUGCUUGUUCAGGGCUGUAUUUGAGUUGUUUCUGAAAAAUAUCCUCUUCUUAAAGGGGCAGCUUCGGUGCACAUUGUGAUUAAAAUUACUCUAUCAUAGAAUCGUAUCCUUUGAAUAUUUUAUUAUCCAUUGUGGCAAAGUAAUUCCAAUCCCCUCCAAGGCUCUUAUUUAUUAAACUUUUCUGUUAAUUCCUAUCUCAAUAUCUUUAAAUUUUUCCUUUUUUAAUUCUACCUUGAAGGUCUCCUUUAACCUCCCUUAAUUACUAUGUGAUGUAGGUUUUCCAAAGGAAAGAAACUGCCCCCAGAACAGCUAUGGAUACAGCCCUAAAUUUUUUUUUUCGAAGUGUCGAAAAGAGAUCAUCCUCCCCUUUUUGAAUCUAGAAAAUGUAUUAAUUUACAUUAUCACCUGACGUUUAUUGGAGAUGGUUUUAACACAAAUUAUCGCUAUUAUAACUCUUUAUGCAGGAGCUCAGAAAUAAUUCCAAUCAAUUUAUCAAGACAUUAAUCAAGCUGUUAACUUGAUGAUGUACAAAUUUUGUUUGCAUUGUUUUUUACCAAUUGAAUUUGCAGUUUUUGGGGAAGAAUAAUCCUCUUGCAAUAUUACUACAAUUUCUUGAAACAAAUUAAAAUCAUUUUAAUUGUAUUCUUUCGGAUCUCCGUCAUGAUCGCGACUUUUCAUGAGUGGGUAUCUCACUAACUUUUGCAUUUUGUUGUUUCACCUCACUGGUUCAGUUUAUCAGAUCGCUCUUUCUUUCCCAGUUCCCCCACUGACACUCUUCACAUUACAAUGGAACUGGUUUUAUUUUAAUGAAUCGGACCCAUGCUCACUGUGAUACCUGAUCAAGUUUAAUUUUUAAUUUACUGUGAAAGUUUAUACUAUCUCCAAUUUAAUCUCCAUCCCUAAGCUCUGUUUACCGUGUGUCUUCAAGUAACAUUAAGAUGGUAAAACUGCAGAAGCGCAUUUCUAGUUCGCAAGGAAAAUCUAAAUCUCUACUUUAUUUUUUUAUUUAUUUUUUUUCUUUUAAGAGUACAAACCAAUAUCAUGGCUUGAGAAUUUCACAGAAUAUUCUUCAAACAGAGAAAACUUAAUGUCACGAAAAUGUUCAAGGUAUAUGACAUGCGUUCUGCAAUAUUGCAAAUUGAGGCACGUGUUUCUGCAGUUUGACUGUCAAUUAAUCAACAAUUAUAUUGCAUACAUUGACUAACUUUAAUUUUUACACAUUGCUGCCAUUAGAUAUGGAAAACAUUUUCGCAAAAAAUGCAGAAGAUCGGCAGUGUGGCAUACAGUUUUGGCAAAAGCCAUCCAGUUGCGCUGCUGAUGUCUCCCAAAUGAGACUGAGACUCAAAAUAUCAGUGCCUUUAUUGGGCUCUUUUCUUGCAGUGUUAUGGUGUGUAAUUUCGCCCAAAAAUAUUUAAGUUAGUUUGUAGAUGUAUUAGUGGUCGGCUGCUUAACAAGGUAUGCAGGCCAAUGGCAGUCAAUGUGCUAAUGUUAAUUUUGUUUAGCGUAAACAUUAAUGUAUCAUUCUUUAUUAAUGUAAUUGCCUUGUUAUAUUCUUAUAGAGUUUUGAAUGAGUCUUAAAGUUGCAUUAAUUCAUAUUCACAAACUUGUUGCCCGGAAAUUGACCACCUAGUUUUAGUCAUUUGUUUUCUAGAACUUUUAGUUCUUUUUUUUUUUCAAUUUUCCAAAUAUUGCAGCUGAAUUCUGAACUUAUUUUUGUAAGGUAAAAUUUUCGAAAUAGUAGAAAUUAAGAUCAACUUCCCUCCAAGAUGUAUUGUAUCAGUAUUAUCUGCAUUUAUUCAGUAUUGAUUUUGUAUUUUCCAUGAGUUACAUAAAAUCAGUCAGUUAAUUCAUUUGAAAAAUUACCAUAUUCAGACCUGUAAAAUGCAUGAAAUGCAUUUGCAUCUUGAACGAAAAUUUUAAUAGCCCCAAAUUCAGCAUCUUCAAUAAAUUUUUUCUUCAAGAGUUUUGUAA